CGAAGAGCAGACAGAAAGAGGGAGAGGCAAAUCCGGAGGCAAGAGAAGCAAUCCCACAAGCACGCCACUCAUUCCCGAAUGCAUUCUGACAUGCAUGCUUCGCUUCCUGUUUGCUCUGUGCUGCUCAGGUCAUAUAUUGUGCCCCUGACUGUCCUUAGCCCCCGGCUCACCCUUGCGCACGGCACGGCACGGCAGGGCACGUCUGUGCAGCAGAACAAUGCCCACCGGCCUGACACCGGUGUUCGCCGAGACCGACACUCGGCUCUCGCUGACCUUCGACAUCAUCGGCGCGAAGCCCUCGUCGGUCGACGUCUUGCUAUCGCGGUGCUACAUCAAGGUCAACAGCCCGCCCCGCCUCUUCGAGGCCGACCUGCCGGCCAACAUCGACCCAGACGACCCACAAACCCUCGUGCGCAUCGGCAACGGCAAGGUCCACCUGUCGCUCGUCAAGGCCCCUGACUCGCGACACACAUGGGGCGGCAUCCGACUGCCGUUGGGAGGGUGGGGCAGUACAGGUCGCGAUGAGGUCAUGGCGCGGCGGGCGGCGUCGAUUGCGGAGAGGGAGAGGUCGUUGGCUGAGCGGAUGGAGAGGAGGGCAGGGGCGCGGGUGGCUCAUGAGAGGGCAGCGCAGAACGAGCAGUGGCGCCUGGACAGGGAGACCAGGGAAUGGAUGGACAAGACAAAAGACGCCGAGAAGGCACACGCUGUCGAUAGGAUAUUCGGCGCAACACUGCGGGAGAAUGGUACGUAGACCUACAGCAAGGAGGGAGGGGAGAGCGGGCGGGAAGGAACUGAGUGUCUGUUGUCACGAUUUCUCGCCUGUGACAUUGUGUGCGGGCGGGUGCAGGCCCUUCUAGAGGCACGCCAGCAUUGGAGGAAGUGGCCGACGGGUCAGCCGAGCGGCCACCGGCUGACCAGAAGCAGCAGAAUGGAAACCAUGAUUCUCGCGCCGAUGCUGAGUCUGAGUUUGAGGUUGAGGUUGCCCCCGAGCUGCCGUCAGUCGUCGAGGCCCCGGAUGACAGCAUUUUUGACGACGAUGACCUUCCCCCGCCGCUUGAAGACAUCCACGCCCCCAUCCCACCACCAUCAUCUCACCAUGACCGCCACCCCAACAACUGCACCAGCAGCAGGUGCCAAAUUGUCGAUGUGACAGAUCAAGAAUGCGAGGCGGACAGUGAAGAGGGUGUGGCCAGGGAGGCCAAGGAGGGCAAGGCCGCCCCGCGGGCAGGCGGCAGCGUCAAGCUAUCGUUCAGCGCUCGGGCGCACCCAAAUCUGCCGGCCCGCGAGAGCCACCCGCCGCCCCUGCCCAAGCAGCAGGUCAAGCAGCAGCACGGUGCUGGUGGUGCCAUGGGGGAGAGGGGCGUCCAUGAAGAUGAGAGCAGCCCCAUGUUCCUCAAGGAGAAGGGGGAUGGCUUCCUGCGGGCGGAGGACUUCCAGUCGGCGGUCAACGCAUACACGGAGGCCCUCAAGAUCGCCAGCAAUGCGGCGUACGGAGGGGAAGGGCGGGGGGUAUCCUCCUCUGCUGUGUAUCUUUGGUGUGUGCGUGUUGCCGUUCUUGUAUGCCUUCGUGCAGGUGUUUUGCGAAUCGGUCGCUAUGCCAUCUCUACCUGGGCAAUCUGCAGCAGGUCGGUCAGUCAGUUUGUCGGUCGGUCGCGUCGCAAGAUGACCACUGUGUGGCUGCCUGCCCAUGUGGCCGUGUGGCCGUGUGCAGUGUUUGGAUGACGCCAGGUUUGCCAUCUCGGUGAUUGAUCUGGCCAGCAGAGCACCUGAGGGACACCCACCACCCAUACCGCGACCACAGGUAUUGCGGUCGAGAAAGGACCGACCCUAUGGGCUCUAUUAUCUACUCUCUCUACUAGUGUGGCUGCUCUGCCGUCAGGACGCCGUGCUGCGUGCUCGGAUGCACCUGCGCGUGGCCACUGUGUUCCUCUGGAUAGGCGAGUUCCGAAAGUAUGCACCACAUGCAUGAGGGGUGUUGGUUGUCUGGUCUGUGUUGCCUUGUGCUGGUUGCCGCAAUAAAUCACGUUUGCCUGUGUGUGUGAGUCUGUGCAGGUGUCUGGAGCAGUAUGACGCGGCCCUGUGUGUGGAGAGGGGCCUCACCAAGGACCAUUACCAGAUGAUAGAGGAAGACCGCAACACCAUCGAAAGGUACGUCAGAAUACACACACACACACACACACACACAGAGAGAGAGAGAGAGAGACAACCCGGUUGGCAAGUGACAGCCUUCUGUUUCUUGAUCAGGUCGCUGAAAGCGCUGCCCUUCAAGGCCGCGGCUGACUCGGCGCUUCGUCAGAGCACCUCCUCCUCCUCCACUUCUGCCCAUGCACUGGCGCGUCGGAGUGUGGAUCUCUACGGCGAGGCCCUGGGGCACGUCCAAGGCCACCCCGUCAUCCUCUCCAACCGGUGCCAGGCGCACAUGCAGAUGGGCGACACUGACCAGGGCCUCGCAGGUGGCUGAGUGAGUGAGCGAGUGCGUCACCCAUCAUUCCAUCCAUCCAUCCGUCCAUCCAUCCAUCCAUUUGUCUGUCCAUCAGAUGGCGAGAAUGCGCUGCACACACUCGAGAAGUGGCCCCUGCCCACCACACACCACCCCCAGCGGCACCCAUCCCCUCAGUGCACAACAUCGGCGGGUGACGAGCCUCUUCCCGAGGCGCUGGAUGGUGGUUUAGAAGCAUGCAGCCCGUCAGGCCCGGUCAUUGGGAGGGGAGGGGGAGAGGUGUGUGGGUGUCGGCUGGUGUCGGGCCAUGUGGUGGAGAGGGCCCGGCGCCGCGUCAUGACCAAGCUGCACAUGCGUCUGGCCACCAUCCUGGAGCAGACGGGACGCAUCGACAAAGCCAUACACCACUGCAAAGUCAGUGAGAGAGGAGAGGACAGGGAGGGAGGGAGGGAGGGAGGGAUAGAGGGAGGGAGUGCAUGUGGUGCGUGUGAUGUUUCUGCAGGCUUGUCUACAGCUGGAUCGCACCCAUGCUGCCGCCCUAGAAGCUCUGUGCCGCCUCUCGCCCGAUGACGAGGCCGCACGGCUCCCACCACCCCCUCUCCCGCCCAACACGCACCACGACGACAGCCGUCCACACGACACCACCCAGCCAUCGCCAGACAGCCACCAUGACGAACAAGCCGACGAGGCAGCAGAGAGAGAGGAGGGCGAGCAGUCGGUGGCCGCGCAGGUGGCCAGUCUGGUCAGCACGGGCCGCUCGAUGCUGCAAAAGGACUCGCCCGACUAUGCGGUUGCUCUGGAGGUGCUGCAGCAUGCCGUCAACGUGGCCAGGAGGGGACGGCCGGGAGCGGGGGGCGAGUGGUCCCAUGAGAUGGUGGCGGUCAAGUACCAGGAGGCGCUGGCCCUGGUUAAUGCGGCACUCUGCUGCCAGAAGAUGGACCAGCAUGAGAAGGUCAUCGCGCACACGGACGUGGUGGGCAUACAGGCAGGGCAGGCGGCUCAGAGAGCCUAGAGCCUAGAGACGAGAUAUGAUAUAUGGGAGAUAUAUGCCUUGCAAUGCAUGCAUUCAUUGCAGGGCCUGGAGUUGCUGAGUGAUCUGCAGGCCAGUCUGGCCGUGGACAGAGAGGCCUUCAUGGAUGCGGUGGGGGGCGACGUCACCCAGGGCAAGCUGCAGCAGAUGGAGGCCGCAUGCAGAAUGAGAAGGUGACAACACACACACUCACACACACACACUCACACUCACACAUAUGCCCGUCUGCAUGUGUCGAUGUCCCUCUGUGUGUGUGUCUGUGGAUGUGUGUGGUGUGUGCAGGGUGGCGUGUUUGAAGGCGAUGGGUCGUGUGGAUGAGGCAGAGGCGGAGAAGCAGCGGAUCCGCCCACCGCAGCCCAAAAACCAGUGAGUGACCCGAAGAGAGGAGUCUGUAUGUGUCCUCCUGGGGUGAUGGACAACGAACAGGGUGGGGUACGGUGCAUGCCUCUCGUCAGACAACUCAACGUAUAAUGUGAUCUCUUGACCACACAUUGUUAACAUUCAGUUGCACUCAUUGCAAUGGCCAUGCACUCCCUCUCCCACAGACAGUCAGUCGUAUAGGACCACACACACACACCAUCAAUCAGCAUACGUAUGUACGGAUCUGUAUACACGGGUGUGCACACAUGCAUUAUAUAGAGAUCUGCCGUCACGGUGCUGCGGGCGGUGUGUGGGGUGUGUGUGUGUAUCAUCACUGAGUUGGCGGUCUUUUUGUGUAGGUAGGUGUACGCAAC